ACACACACGUUGCUCAGGACUGGAGCACAGCAGCAAGUGUGAAACAGUCAGGACUGUUUGUGUUUUGGAGGGAAAGAAGUCUGAGUUUUUCAGCUUGCCCGGAGCUUUCUGUGUUGCCUGAACAGCUUCUGCAGGACUUUUUCUCUCAUCACCCACCGGGUGGCCAAAUGAACUGUUGAUCCCGAGGACCAAAGAUCACAGGCUUCAAUCUAACGGGGAGAAAACAGCAGCACUUUUAAUACAUUCUGCAGCUUCUCUUUGCAUUAUGAGCUGGGACUGAAGAUCUGCUGUGUGCUUUCUGUUUGUGGUGUGACAGAAGUGAAGUCAAAACCACGAUGGACGUCAAGAAAAAAGAAAUGGAUCUCCUGAGCAACAGUAUUGCUGCAUUUGCACACAUCAAAUCAAACCCAGAGAGCUUCGGCCUUUACUUCAUUCUUGGAGUGUGUUUCGGCUUGGUGCUGACUCUCUGCCUCUUGGUGAUCCGCAUCUCCUGUAAGCCACGGACCAACGCCAGUCCCUCUACGCCUGAAAAGAAACACCUAAAAGCUGCCAGUGAGGAGGACGAGGAGAGCGACGACGAUGAAGACGAAGAGGGGGAUGAUGUAGAGGCACCUGUUACGUUGCCCAGCACUGAAAUCCCCAUAGGUAACCACACCAGCCAAUCAGAUGGGACUCUGAGUGUGAACGUCUUUACCUCAGCCGAAGAGCUGGAGCGCGCACAGCGGCUGGAAGAAAGAGAACGAAUCAUCCGGGAGAUCUGGAGGAAUGGCCAGCCUGAUAUUCUGGGGACGGGAACAGGGACUAUUGGAAGAGUACACUAUUACUAAGAUACAUUAGACUAGAAGGAAAACCUGAGUUCAGAGGGGGAGUUAUAUGGACCUUUAGAAGGACCUGGUGUCCUCGAAGCCUGAGAGCCUGUGUUUGAUACAAAAUGAUUUGUGAAACGAGGAACAAAAGAGUCAAGGUGCCACAUUUGAUGUACGUGGCUUUGACAGAGUUGAACUUUGAG